CACCGCCUCUUGACAACAUGGCGCCAGCUUGCAGCUGUGCAGCCGUUACAAAGGACGACGAAAACCGUGCGUUAGAGAAAAGAUGCUCUCCUAAAAGUGUAAUUUAACUAACAACUGUGGUUGUAUGGUACACAAUCUGUGUGUCAAUAGUAUACAGUACAGGCUACAAGUAGGAAAAAGGUAAUUUGACAGAAAGUGACAGGUUGCACGCCAGCCCACCUGCCAGAAAGACAGUGACGACGGAAGACCGAUAAUUUUGAGUCUCCAAAAUAGGACAAAUAACGGACAACACAUUUAACGAACGUGCGGUAUUCGUGAACUAUACCUGGAUAAAAUAUGUAGACUCUCGUCUUAUUCGCUGAGUUGAUAACUUAUCGAUAGACUCCUUUAGUUCGCAAACGACUUAAUUUAUAAGAUUUGAUUGAAUCGGUGCACUAGAUGAUGACUGAAUAUAAUUUCGCCCUUUCGGAGGAGGAAAGGGAACGUGCCAGGCUUCCACCAAUAUUUCAUACAUCAACUCUGAUGGGUCCGGGGCAUGGCACAAAGCAGCCCUUCCCCUCGCUGGGCGCCGUCAUCUCCACGCUGAGCCAGAGGAGGGAGACUGGGGGUCGGGGCACAGCGGGCACACAGCCUGGCGGACCGGGGGGGCGCCAUGGGAGGGAGCUUCCACCUAUCAGUACUGACGUCAGGCAGAAACAAAAGAUUUCCAUUGACACUCUUCCCCCUGAGGUGAAAGCCCCGUUCCCAUCCGACCCUAUCAUCCCGCUCCGCACCAAGACAACCAAAGAAUUCCAGGAGGAUGUGGAACGAGCUGUCGUGUCAGGAGACUUCAGGGACGUCAGGCAGUUCUACCUCACCACUUUUGAUUCCUUUAUAGAAAUCAAUGCUGCCUUUAAGAGAGAGGCCAACGCUCCAUUUAACACCACAGAGGACUCUGGAGUCAACUCCAAGUUUGUCAACGCUGUUUAUGAUGCCUUACUCUUCACACCCCCGGACAUCCAGAAGUCUGUGUUGAAAGGCAUCAUCAACAGCCUGCUGAGGGAGUGGAAGGGUCCUAGAACAAAAGAUGACCUGAGAGCGUACUUUGUGUUGGUUCAGAACCCACAGUACUCCAGCACCAGUACCUAUGUGAUCUUUGCCCACCUGCUCAGACAGAUGGCGUCCUUGUCUGAGGCAGACCACCACUUCCUGGUCCAUUGGUUUAAGAAGCUGUCUCAGAGGCGAUUCCGGCAGCUGGUGGAGCAUCUCCUUCAGUUCAUCUCCACCCGACUGUUUCCCGCCGAGCCAGAUGAUCUUCCUCCUCUGGCCAAGUGCUCUUGGUGGAUCCCCUCCGCCACCAAGGUCCUCGCUCUGUUUAACGCUGCCAACAGCGUCUCAUCCCCCGCCAUCCUGUCCUUCACCGAGUUCUACAACAUCACCCUGGACCACAUCGACUUUAUGGAGCAGUACCGCACCUGGCAGAACCACGGCAACUCCAACAGGUUCUCCUUCUGCCAGUUCCCCUUCAUCCUCUCCACAGUGGUGAAGAAGGCCAUCAUCCAGAGGGAUUCUGAACAGCAGAUGAUCAGCAUGGCCAGACAAAGCUUGGUGAACAAAGUGUCUCGCAGACAGAGGGUAGACAUGAACCUCCUCUUCCUCAACAUCAGGGUACGACGAGCCCAACUGCUCAGCGACUCACUGGAUGAGUUGACCAGGAAGAAGGCAGACUUGAAGAAGAAGAUGAAGGUGACGUUUGUUGGGGAGGCAGGGCUGGACAUGGGCGGACUUACCAAGGAGUGGUUCCUGCUGCUGGUCCGACAGAUCUUCCAUACAGACUACGGCAUGUUCACCUACUUGAAGGAUUCCCGUUGCCAUUGGUUUACUAGCUGGAAGUGUGACAACUACUCUGAGUUCCAAUUGGUUGGGACUCUGAUGGGUCUGGCUGUGUACAACAGCAUUGCCCUGGACAUCCAUUUUCCACCCUACUGCUUCAAGAAGCUCCUCACUCCACCCAUCUUGCCCUGUGACCAGAACACCCCCGUUGGCAUGGCAACCCCCACCCUGGAGGACCUGCAACAGAUCAUGCCGGACCUGGCUCGUGGUCUAGGAGACCUGUUGAGUUAUGAAGGGAACGUUGAGGAGGACUUCUACCUGACCUUCCAGGUUUUCCAGGAAGAGCUGGGGGUCGUGAAGUCCACCAACCUGAAGGCUGGCGGAGACAAGAUCCCAGUCACCAAGCUCAACAGGAAGGAGUAUGUCCAGCUGUAUGUAGAUUUCCUGCUGAAUAGGUCAAUUUAUAAGCAGUUUGCUGCUUUCUACCACGGCUUCCACAGUGUGUGCGCCUCUGAUGCUCUGCUGCUGCUGCGACCAGAGGAGGUGGAGAUGCUGGUGUGUGGCAGUCCUGAGCUGGACAUGACUGCCCUGCAGAGAGCUGCCCAAUACGAGGGCUACAACAAGACCGACCCCACAGUCCGCUGUUUCUGGGAGGUAGUGUUGGCCUUCCCCCUGGAACUGCAGAAGAAGCUGCUUCACUUCGCCACAGGAAGUGAUCGUAUCCCUGUGGGAGGGAUGGCCGACCUCAACUUCAAGAUUGCCAAGAUUGACGUCUCCACCAACUGGCUGCCCAUCUCCCACACCUGCUUCAACCAGAUCUGCCUCCCCCCCUACCGGAGCAGGAAGGAGCUCAAGCACAAGCUGACCAUCGCAAUCUCCAACGCAGAGGGCUUUGGUCUCGAGUGAUUCACUAGCCUCCCAUGCACCCGAACACAUAUUGCAUACACAUGCACAUACUCACGCUCACACACACACACAACUUUCUGAGGGAAUUGAUGUCACUGCAAACUGAUUUAAAUCAAGAGGUUCUCAUGUAUGUUCUAGUAUUAAUCUAUGUUAGAGCAGUUAGACUGAAAUGAGAAAGGCAUCAGGUGUCUGGCAUCCUGAUAGAUCUAGUUUCAUCAGUUUGUAAGGCAGAUGUAAGAGAUGUAAGAAGUCUCAAAUCCCUCUGAUAUACUUAGACAACAGCAACUUCUCAGUGAUUAUAAUAGUCCUAUAUAUUUUUGUGAGCUCAUAAUAGUAUUUCUCUCUUUCUCUGAUUUUUUAUACACUGUUAUCCCUGAUUGUAAAAAGCUUUGCUGGUUAAAGAGCAUUACUUAUCUUUUCCUGAGAUAUGGAUUGUCUCAUGAAAUUAUCAAUUUCUGGGUGUUUUUGACAUAUGCUUCAUAUGAUAGGAGCAGCAGAUCAAUCUCUCUUUCAAUUCUCUGUCAGCAAUGCAGACCUAUUUUGUGCCAGGUUAUACAGUAGAUCUGUAUUGGUGUUUUGUUGUCAGCUAAUUUCCUCACAGAUAAAUAUGACAUUAUUAUUCAGGCCCCUGUCAGCAUGGUGUUCUGUUAGGAGACAGGCGAGUCUGUGUUUACCUUUUUUCGGCCAAGCAAGAAUUUAGGUCAGUAUAGACCUCGUUCUGUCUCCUCUUCAGUUCAGUCGGUCAGCUGGGUAGUUUAAAAGUUAACCCCUACCACUGCCAUCUUUUAUCGAACAUAUGGAGUUAAAUGUUGGUCAAAGCCUGCCUGGUUGGAUUCAGUAACAACACUCUUCUCUAGCCUAUUCUUUCUAAGAGAUAGUUGACAGGGCAGGCGUCUGAUGGAUUUGUACACAAACCUUUCUUGUUCUAGUCUUUUUUGUACUGUAUGUAUUCAAGCCUGGUCAGUCCAGUGCCUUCUCUCUGUUUGAUUGAUAUACAGUAGAUUGUUUAACUGAUCAACGCUGCCUAUAUGUACAGUAGUGCUGUUUUCCAUUUGUCAAGACAUGUAUUUGUGUAGCAGGCAAAACAAGGAAGGCAAUACCCAUACACAUAUUUAUUGUCAGUGAUUAUGUUGUAUGACAGUGAUCUGACGAAUGUUGUAUGAUAUUUCGGUCAAUGCCAUAAAUGUCAGUGCUCUGUUAGAAUAAUAGAGCUUGAACGUGCUAUUCGAAUGUAAAUGUGUGUUCAUGGGGGAGAGUUCAGUCUAAGGUUAUCACAUUCUGAGGCCUCCUGUUGUCCAGAUGUGUUUUAUAAUCAUAGACCAACAAUGUUGUGUUGUUAUUUAUUAGAUUUGAGUGAUAAUCACUGUCUCAUUUAAAACAAUAAACUUCUAUGGCAUCACAAA